AUGAUUUUCACAAACGAGAACACAAUCUUCCAGACACAUGCAGUGCAGAUUCUGCUAUUGUAUUGCAUCUUCCUCAAUCCAGUUGGUAGCAUGUUUUUAACUGGCGGAAGGAGUGCAGACGGGUUGGGUGCAGUAGUUAGAGGUAUGAGAGGGGGAGACAAUCUGAACUCGGCAACCGGCGCUGGAAAGUUGGGCGGUACCCUGGAUACAACUAGGCUAGGUGACACCGGCACGACAACUUUGAAUACUCAGGACCUCACGACCAUGAGAGACGGUAGGACAGCCAUGCCAUUAAAAACAGCUGAAGACACCUCGGGAAUUGACAAGGACGCCACGAAAUUUAAUCGUCUCGAUGCGGAUGAUUCAAUUCCUAAGUCGAGAAUUCCAGCCGCGACCACUAUUGACCAAGCGGCCGAAAAAAUCCAAGUGGCCACUGUCCCGAGCACCAAGAAGGUGAAAUGGGCGGAUGAGGAGAGAACAAUCUCGGAGGCACCAUUAGCCGUUGCGCCAGUGUCAACCGGAUUACCAAAGCAGUUACCAAAGUCUGUCCUCCGGAACAAACAACCUGGACCCCUUGCGCAGCCUUCGCGACCCAGGUGGACCUUCAAAGCAAUGAAACAGUAUUUCUUGAAGAUAUUUUUUCCAUCAAAGAAGACUCAACCGGGGCGAUCUCCAGUGAAGAAAUUGACCCGCUCGCCCAGAUUCAAGAUACAACCGGAGUCAUUAACGGCAGCUCUGGACAACGCUGUCAAGGCCACUUGA